AUGUCUGAGUCGAAGGUCAGAAGCGGAAUACACCCGGCUGGAUAUUUUGGAUGUGUGUCGAAAUCGAGAGGUGGUAGGAACGAGGUGAUCAUCUCACCUCUUGUUCCAUUUUUCCAAGACCUUAAACAUACCAUCGAACUUGAAGAAGAGGAAAUAAUAAGCGAAUUGUUUUGGAUAGUGAAUAGCAAUGCUCAGGCCCAGAAUAGUGGAAAACGAAACAAACGCAAACACGCAACGGAUGCCGGCUCAACAGAUCAAGGAUUGCACACCGAGACGGCUGGUCAUCUGGCCAUCAUCCUGGAGAAUGGAGAGGUCUUGUUUUACGAUCCUGUUCAAAAGAGAGUUACAUCGAGAACUAUAACUUCAGCAUCUAGACUGCUUGGGUCUGACUCCCCAAAUGGCUCUCUGUUUGCAUUCGACUCAACUAGCUCGCAUGUGCUCAAGAUUAGUCCAAACGAUACAAAAGUACUCAAAGAGUACAAGAUUCAUAAACAACAGCAUGUGACAUCCAUUCACAGCUUACCCAACGAAAUUAUUAUAGGAACGACAAGCGCAGUGUUUGUUUUGACUUCUGAAGACGAUGCCGCGACCAAGCUGUUUCAGAACAAAAAGAGCCAUCCAAUUGCUGCGGCAGCUGCAUCUUCCAAGGAAGCUGGAUUGGUCGCCCUUGCCAGAGAAGGUGAGCUGGAGAUAGAAAUUGUUUCUUUGAUCAAAAAAGGCAUAGUGGGAACGUUGAAAACCACAAGGAGCACCCAUAAACUAAAAGCAUUCACAUCAGGCCAGGAAGAAUUCUUGAUUGCCGUCACGGACGAUGGAAUUUCGAUUUUCUCAGAUCCUUUCAAAAGUUUUGGAAAUACUCCGACUACUACAUUCAAGUCAAGCAGUGAAGAAGUUAGUUUUUUCGAUGCAGUUUUCAGAGACUCGAGUAUGACUGGCUUCUGGAUUGACAAUGACCAUUUCCAUGCGGAGCCUCUGCAAUGGAGCAGAAGCGGUGCAGGAGAGGUUGAAGUUUCGAUAAAUUUUUCGAACGGAAACGGCCAUAAUGGCCAAAAAGAGAUCAUCGACGAUGAUGAAAGCUCUGACGAAGACGAGGAAGAUGAAGAGGAUCACGAAUACGCUUCAGAGGAGUCUAGUGAAGUGGUGACCAUGAUCAAGGACAACAUACAUGAUCACGAUCGAAUCGCCGCCAUAUGCUCCCAAAACUUCGGUCACGCAAGACAAGUCGUACAAAGACUUGACCAGGACACUUGUCUCAAGAUUUUCCCUAUUUUAAGCUUGAGAAUCGCAGAUCAGCCACAGAGCUCUAUGCUGCUGAAUACAUGGCUACAGACUAUUAUUAUUCUGCACGGCAACUCUAUUUCCAAAGAUGCAGACUUGGUUGGCUUAUUGAAGCUGCUGAAGUCCUCACUGUCCGAAAGUGUUAAACUACUCCCAAAUAUGCUGGCCUUGCAAGGGCGUUUGAUUCUGCUAGAGUCCCAGCUGGCUCUUCGUUCCGAGCUCAGUAAUGGUGAGGCUCUUGAUGGUGAGCCCGUGCAACCAGCUCAAAACGGAACAGUUGUGUACGACGGUGAGAAUGACGAGUACGUUGAAGACGGUGAGGCUGAGGAUGCCGAUGACGACGAAGAAGACGACGAAGACUAA